AUGCCCAUUCUCGCCGGUAAUAAGAAGCCGUUAAAUUUCAUCCCGAGACUGUUGCAGACUGUUCGAUCAGAUCGACUUUUCGCUCGGCAACGACAACGACAGAAACAAUUUACCGCAGCCACUGAAGUCAAGGUGACAUCAACCUCGCCCCUGGCUGGUGUCCAAGAGGAUGACACAACUCCUGAUUGGAAUCUGCCGCGCCGUCAAGAAUCCUCUCAUUCCACUACAACACCGUCUAUCAACGGGCUAUCGAGAGAAGAUUUUGAGAUCCACCGUCUGUCGCUUGCUCUCGGUGCCGCCUUUGAGAUCCCCACCAAUUCACCGACAAGCGACGAGUUUGACCUUUCUGCCGCCGAAGAGCUGACUCGGAAUGAUGCUACACCACGUUGGAUACCGGCAGGGCCUCGGUCAGCCGGGCCAGGUUGGCCUCUAUUUGACGCCGCUAGGCUGGCUUUGCAGGAUUUUUGUGAUGCACCUAAUGAUUCAACUCCUGGAGAUGACCGUGCAGAUAUGGCUCCAACAGCUUCAUUGCGCCAUGAAGGAGUUGGCAGAAACUAUCGGCUCAACAGCGGGGAAGAACUUCGCAGAACCCAUCAGCGCGGAAGCAGAACCGUCGGAGACUCAGGAGAGAUCACAAGCGACAUGAGAGAUAUGGUAAUCAACACUAGUGAACAACACGUAUCCUUUGCAGAAAAUACUGUAAUCGACCAUUCGCAACGCCGCCUACCACUAUCCAGACCGCCGACACCACCUGUCUAUCCUCAAUAUGUUGGCUCAGUCCACCAGACACCCGGCCACUGGGACAGCAUCGGAGCAAAGGCCGCCCUUCAGCACUGGAUCGCAGACUUCGUGAUCUUCCGUGAUGAGCUCAAAGAAGGACUCCUGGUGUAUUUCAACAAGUGGACGGAUUUAGCUCUCUUCCGAGGCGCCAGGAAGCUGCUUCGGGCCCUCCUGCAGACCCCCAAGGUUCUAAAAGUGCUUUUGGGCAAUAUUGAUGUUCUUCCAUAUUCCGGCUCUCUCGCCAUUGAACAAUUGGAUAUGGAUCUUCGGGUUUGCAUGGAGGAGUCGCGCGAGGUGUACCACUGUAUGACCAGGCAGAACGAUUCAGCUGCAGGCCCUCUCCAGGGAAAGGGUUUGGCAUGGAGGAAACACAUGAUCAAGCAUGACCUGGGGCCACGAAUGGAACGUAUUGCGGACAAUCUCCGUAUCUUGGAACAACAUGCCAACAAAACCAACCGUGAGGUGCGAAAGGCGGCAAACGAGGCCAUCGGAAGAAUGGAGUCAGGGCGCGGCAUUAUCCCUGCGCUUUGA